GUAUGUGAUUUUUUUACCUUAACCGUGUGUCCAACACACCCACUUAGUAGAGUAGCCCGUGCCUACAUAGAUGAACAGACAUAUGACCAAACCAAGUAAAGCGUGAUAGAAUUAUUGAGGGAGAAGACGAUGAAUGGAAAGAAGUGGGCCCUAUAUCUCUGAACCAUACAAUCAAUCAGUGGCCCCAAUGUGAGAGAGUUCGACUUUUGAGCUCCUAAACCUCAAGCUUCAGCACAGUUUGCGUCGCAAGUACGCCGCGGCUUUUAGGAAUGUCGAAUUUAUCAUUGAGAAGUAUCUUGGAUACAUGCAAGCUUACUGGACCAAACUUUCUGGACUGGGAAAGAAAUGUGCGUUUAGUUCUUAGACAAGAAAAUAUUGAAUAUGUGUUAGACACACCAGUACCCAAGAUUCCUGAUGCUAACUCUCCCGAGUUUGCCACGUUUGACCUGACUGCUCGAGAGAAACACGUUACUGAUGCUAAAACUGUGCAAUGUGUUAUGUUGGCUGCAAUGUCUAUGGAGUUGCAAAGGCAACACGAUAGGAUGAGUGCCUUCGAGAUGCUUGAACACUUGAAAAGUCUGUUUGAUUCAGAGAGUCAGACUCUAGAGUAUGAACUUCUGACAGACAUUUUCAAGUGUAGACUUCAAGAGGGUGGCAACGUGUCUGAGCACGUCCUCAAAAUGAUUGGCUUAAUUGAAAGAGUUGCUACCACCGGAAUUAAGUUUGAGGAUCGUGUCUCAGCUGCUAUCAUCCUAUAUUCGCUUCCGAGUUCAUUUACUAACUUCAUUGUGAAUUAUAAUUUGAACAAAACGAAAGCAACCAUGCCUGAACUCCAUAACAUGCUCAAGUCUUAUGAAGCCUCAACCUCUAAAGGAAAGACUGUUCUUAUGGUAAGCUCUAAUGCUAAGUCUCGUUCUAAGAACAAGAAUAAGCAAAAGAAGAAAGGUAAGGUUGGACCUACUCCUACAACUCUGAAGCCUAAAGGUGGAGGUCAUAUGAAGCCAAAGGUUGCAAAGGAUGUUUGUCUCUACUGCAAAGAAAAGGGACAUUGGAAGAGAGAUUGUGAGCUGUAUAAGGCUAAUCUAGCCAAAGCACCAGGUGCUUCAAGCUCAGAAGCCUGAGAAGCAGUGUAGAAGUUGGACUGGGUAAAAUUGACCUACGCGUGAAGGCUGGAGCAAAAGUUGCUGCUGAACGUGAUAGGAUCUUAUAGUUUAGAUUUGCCCGAUGGUUUUAGAUUAGAAUUAAAUAAUUGUUAUUUUAUUCCUUCUAUUACCAAGAAGAUUAUUUCCAUUCAUAUGUUA